CUAAAUAUGGAAACUGGCAGAGCUUUCCCAGCGAGCGCAGCAGUCAAUGGGGUGGGUCUCCCCGGGGGGCAUAGAAUAUAGGAUAAUGGAACAUCAUGCACCCGGAUCAGACUCCGAGAAUUCUACUGUCUUUUUGUAUAUUGUUUUCUUCUUGUCUCUUUACUGUUAAGUAGUACCAAUUAUAUGCGUUUAGACUGCACUUCUUUAUUUGUGGAAACUUGUGGUUCCGCUCUCUUCGUUUUGUUUUGACAUCCUGUUUGACAGAUGAUGCUGCAGAGGUCUCCGGAAAAGAGACAGAACAACCUCUUGGAGGAACUUAAAGACACUUAGUUUUUGGGACUUCGCCUAGCUGGUGAACAGCUUUUAAAACUUCCUAAUUUUCCACUAAACAGAAAGGGUAAAAGUAAUUGUGUUCUCUUGCUCUUUUGAAUAUACAUUUAAGACAAGGAAGCGCUUGUUUUGUUGUGGUUAUCUGUGAGUAUAUGGGAUAACUUCUGGAAAGAGAAGCCACCAUGAGUAUUGAGAUACCCGCUGGUCUAACGGACUUGUUGAAAGGCUACACGGUGGAGGUGCUUCGAUCUAGACCGCCAGACUUGGUGGAGUUUGCAAUUCAGUAUUUCAGCCGUCUGAGAGAAAGUAAUACUUUCCGUCCAAUUUCUCGGUCACCCGACCCUACCCUAACUGAACGCAAAGCAGUAUCGUUUGAGGAGGAUGCGCAACCAAGCGGGCUCAGCGCAGAUGAGGAGGACGAUGCGUUUUCCGAGGAACUACACUUUAAACCGCCUCCUCCUAAGUUCACCCGUCGAGUAUCAGUGUGUGCCGAGGCAUACAACCCAGAUGACGAUGUGGACGAUGAAAAUGAACCACGCAUAGUUCACUCCAAAACAGAUGAGCAACGCCAUAGGCUGCAGGAGGCCUGUAAAGACAUCCUCCUGUUUAAAACCCUCGAACUGGAGCAGUUCUCAGAAGUCCUGGAUGCCAUGUUUGAGGUGCUCGUGAAGCCAGAGGAGCACAUCAUAGACCAAGGGAAGGAUGGGGACAACUUUUACGUCAUCGAAAGGGGGGUGUAUGAUAUUCUGGUACAAAAGGAUGGAGUCAGUAUAUGUGUGGGUAAAUAUGACAACAAAGGCAGCUUUGGGGAGCUGGCCCUCAUGUACAACACGCCGCGGGCUGCCACCAUCAUUGCUAAACAGCAGGGGGCACUGUGGGCUCUGGACCGUGCCACAUUUCACCGGCUGAUUGUGAAAGCUAACGCAAAAAAGAGGAAAAUGUACGAGGUCUUUGUUGAAAGUGUACCUCUUCUCAAGAGUCUUGAGUUGUCUGAACGAAUGAAGAUUGUGGAUGUGUUGGGAAUGAAAUCCUUUAAAGACGGAGAGCUGAUUAUUAUGCAGGGGGAUGAGGCUGAUUGUUUUUACAUGGUGGAGUCUGGUGUUGUGAAGAUUAUGAUGAAGAGCAAAACCAAGGCAGGACCAAUGGCCAAUGAGGAAGUGGAGAUCGCCCGCUGUUCUAGGGGACAGUAUUUUGGGGAGCUGGCACUAGUCGCCGAAAAGCCACGCGCCGCAUCAGUGUAUGCAGUGGGAGAGACCAAGUGCUUGGUGAUGGAUGUGCAAGCGUUUGAGCGUCUGCUUGGUUCAUGCAAGGAGAUCAUGAAGAGGAACAUUGCUUCUUAUGAGGAGCAGCUAGUGGCCCUGUUUGGCUCCAGUGCUGACUUAAGGCACUAGCCUGUAUGCAAAUAUUUGAGACGGCAUGGCAAUUUUUUUGUGUGACAUGAAACAACUUUC